AUGCUGUGGUUCAUGAAAAAAGAUGACAAAAUCAGGCACUUGGUCCUACUUUUCACCUUGGUAACGCUCUUCCUGCUGCGACUUCUCAGCCUGGCCGUGUUUCAUAAUCCCUUGGAAAGCCUUGGUACAGAGCAGAGGGCGCUAAGCCUCUUCCAAAGUCUUGAGGUUGAUGUUAACAUGGAGGUCACAGCCGGUCUUCGGCUGUAUGUGCAGGAGGCCCAGGAACUGUACAGACGCUUCUCAGAGGCUCGUCAGGUUAUGUCCGAGAUCCAGAGUCAGCAAGAGCAGGAGGAUGAGGAGCAGCAUGACUCGGAUGCCGAAGCGUCGUUGGCAGGUGUGCCGCAGCUCCUGAAGAGUUUCGACCCAUUGGGCCACUACCAGAUCCUGCCUGGCGAUUUCUUGAUGACGCAUCCGAUCUCUUGCAUCCGGGAGCCUGUUUUUGACCAGGCCGUCGUCAUACUACACACCAACUCAGAUCAUCCGCUCACCGACUCGGGAUUGGUGCGCGGCUUAGUGCUCAACAAGCGGCUCAACACCACUUUCAAGCAGCUGCUCGAGCGCGCACAAGAUCCCCAGGACAAGAAUUGGGCUGAGCGACUUAGCGCCAUGCCAGCAUCGGCAGAGCUUCGAGUCUUCCGGGGCGGCCCGGUGAUUGUUGGAAGCUCGCUCCAACCCAACCUCGAAUGGGUCCACAGCUUCCCCGAGAUCUCCGAAGCCCAACAAGUUUCUCAAGGAGUCUGGUUCGGCGGGAAACUCGAAGAGAUCCUCGAAAGGGCAGCUGCGUGUGAGGGCACGCCGCCUGUGCGAAUCAUGCUCGGGUACUCGGCGUGGUCGACUCUUCAGCUGCAGAUCGAGCUUGAGUGCGGUGUUUGGUGCCGUGCCCGGGCACCACAAGACGCUCCCCAGAAAGGAGCGAAUGAUGCACCCAGUGUCUCAGCAAGGCUUUGCUUCGCCGAAGAGGGCGCGCAGGCUUGGAAGACAGCUUUGCUCCAAGCCGGGCAAGAUCUCCUAGCGCACUUCCCACGAGCCCCAGGCAUCGACACGCGAAUCCGCGGACACAUGAAGCGCCACGAGACGACGCUUCGCUGA